ACUACAAGAAAUUCAAUGGAUUUAUAAGGCCAGCUAAACAUCAAUAAUUAAAAGAGCUAGCUAGGACUUGUUGGGUUGGCUUUUUGAGCCUAAGUGGCCAAACCCCUUCUUCUCUAUACGAUGGCCGACCCGUCUCCGUGGCCCCCAUAACCGGACGAUGCGUCCACCCCUUGGUACAAAAUUUGGUUCCCAAAAACUAAGUUGGAAACAAGGCGACACAAUGGGGUGCCAAACGACCGGGUACCAAGGAGGAUACCAAAUGGAAGGCCAUCCAAAAACUAAGUCUGGAAACAAGACGGCACAACGGGGUGCCAAACGACCGAGUACCAAAAAGGGGGCCGCCCAAUUGGAGCCAAAGGGGUAUCAAGCCGACAAGGCAGGCUUGAUACCAAAAUACACAAAAAAAUGGCUAAGUAUGGAGCUAACAGGGUACCAAGCCGGCAAGACAGGUCUACUACCCAAGCAUGAAAUUUGGCUAAGUCUUAAGCCAAGAAGAUAUCAAGACGACAAGGCAGGGUCUGGUACCAAAGUAUAAGAAAAUUGGCUAAGUAUAGAGCCAAGACAUUAUUAAGCCAACAAGACAAGGCUAGUACCCAAGUAUGAAAUUUUCCCAAGUAUGGAAUCCCAUGGCCAGGGGGCGGUACCAGGGCUUGGUACCAAGACAUGAGGCUGGUACCCAAGUAUGAAAUUUGCUCAAGUAUGGAAUCCCAUGGCCAGGGGCGGUACCAGGGUUUGGUACCAAGACAUGAAAAGCAUGAAUUUGGCUAAGUGUGGAGCUAAAGGGUUACCAGGUCGGCAAGGCAGCCUCAGUACCAAGACCCCGACAAGGUACCAAGUCGGCAAGACAGGCUUGGAAGCCAAGCAAGGCGACAGGGUACCAUGACCCCAAGGGGCCAUGGCCAGGGGGCGGUACUAAGGCUUGGUACCAAAACAUGAGGCUGGUACCCAAGUAUGAAAUUUACCCAAGUAUGGAAUCCCAUGGCUAGGGGGCGGUACCAGGGUUUGGUACCAAGACAUGAAAAACAUGAAUUUGGCUAAGUAUGGAGCUAAAGAGUUACCAGGUCGGCAAGGCAGCCUCGGUACCAAGACCCUUACAAGGUACCAAGUCGGCAAAACAGGCUUGGAAGCCACCUGACCCCAAGGGGGUAUCAAGCCGGCAAGACUGACUUGGUGGCCAGGCAACAGGGGGCCAAGCCAGGUACCAACUAAGAGAGUCAUACAUAAACUAAGUCUGGAUAUCAACCCGACAAGAUAGACUUGAGAGCCAGGCAUCAUGGUAUCAAGCCAACAAGACAAGAAAUUCGACUAAGCCAUGGUGGCUAGCUGAGGUAGCCAACCCAACUAGGUACCAAACAGCCAUGGAUGGAUCGGCCAGGAUGCAGAGCUGAGCCCUUUUGGGGCUAUAUGGAGACAAAUUCCCAAUACAGGCUUGGUAUCACCUUAACGGGGUACCCGACCGGCAGGGUGCAACUUACCAACUUGACGAGUCUACAAAAACUAAGUAUGGAGACCAAGGCAGAGGCUUGGUGGUAUCAAGCUGAUGAGACGGCUUGGUAACAACCAAUAAGUUAAUGAGGAGUACUUGGUGUCAUGAGGUGGUAGCGAUCUCAAGAGCGGGGAUUCGUCAAGUAGUCGAGGGUGAGAUCAAGACCUCAUCAUGGUUCAUGGAGGCUAAGGGAAGAACCUCAACCCCAUCCAGUCAUGACAGGGAGACAAGGCUCAACACCAACCCAACCCGGCAUCGAGGCCAUCAAGUACCCACCAGCGCCAAGACGGAACAAGGGCCCCAAGGCGACGGUUACCAACUAGUCACCAAAGCAGGACAAGGGACCCCGAGGCGGUUUGGAGCAAGAGGCCAACUAGCAGUUACUAUGGCAUUUACCAAGGCAUUUACACCCGGUGGCUAUAAAUAGGAGAAACAAAGACGGGAAAAGGGUUCCACAACCAAACAUUUGACACCACAUGUCAAACUUAUCUUUUCUCUGCAAUGUAGCCAUAGCUGUAGCUUUUAGAUUUUGGAGCUCUCACUGAACCGCCAUAGGAGUAGAAGUAAUUUAACUUAGUUUUAUCAACCAUCAAAAUCAUCAAACACCCUCGUUCGAACAUUGUUCGGAGAGGUGUGAAUCGUGUUAUUAAUCAUUGUUCAAGAAGUCAAGGUGCAUUUAUUGAGUUCAAACACAAGUUUUUCCUCGCCGGAAAACACUUUCAUUUGUUUCUUUUCCUUUUUUUCUUGAGAGAACCACCACUUCUGCAUAUUCUUUAACCCUUGCAAACACAUGUCCAACUUUUAAGAACUACCUCCAACCCUCAUCUUAUUUCCAGCAGAAAACAUGAAAAAACCACUUGGGAACCUCAAAUAGUUGCAAAGAGCUGACUAGGGGACACCAGGACAGUCAAUUCGGUUGUGGGCUAAUCCUAUGCUUCUAUCAUCUUGACUAGUGGCAACGUGAAUGCUACACAUCAUGGAGAGGGAUCUAUCGCACAAGAAAGAAACGAGCAGACUCAAA